AUGCUCUGGUGGAUCUUGAACGGGCUCUCCUCAAGUACCUAUUCGGACACCGGCUGGCCGACAUACUUUAGUUGUCGGGGCGACAAGGCGAUUGGAGCAACUGGCAGCAGAAGACGCCGUCCCGUCCGAUUCAGCUCCACCCCGUUUCUGCCCCUCAACGUGCCCAAGACGUCGCCAAGUGUCCGUUGGCUGUCUCCCCUCACAACUGGCCUACGUCACAAUUUAGUCCUCUACGAACUCCUCCAACGAGGCUCGGUAUCUGGAACUACAGCCAUACAGGCCUCCUGCUGCUUGAGCAGGCCGCCGGUGGGAAUCUUGGUGUGUGUGUAUGUGUGUGCCUGUAUGUGUGUAUGCGACAAGUGGACGGCAGUUGAUAAGCCGGACGGGAAGACUGUUGUAUGA